AUGCGCCGUGCUUUGCUUUGUGUGGACACUGCACGGGACAUCACAUCAUACAUGUGCUUCCCCAACCCCAGCAGGGCAGCACGGCAACCUCCCCCGGUGCGAGUGCGCAUGGCGAUGGAUGCGCUGCGCUUCGCUCGCCUUACAUUGCAUGUCUCAUCAUCCAUUCACCCCCAGCAGGGCAGCAGCGCAGAGUGCCCGUGUGCGAGCGGCGGGGAUGGCGGCGUGGCUCUCUUUGAUUCACGCAUGCACAAGGCCAUCACUCGCUUCUCACUGGGAGGCAGUUUUGAGGUGACGUCAGCAGCGUUAAGCCCAUGUGACGUCAGCAGCGUUCAGCCCCUGUGCUUUGUGGAUUGUGGGGACGAAGGGGUCAAUGAUGCCAGGUGGCUCUCUGCUUCGCCUGGCCUCGUGACUGCCAGUGGCAAUGGCAGCGUGGCUGUAUGGGACUUAAAGAGUGUGGCUGUGUGGGACGUCUCUUUGGCCGAUCCCCUCACUGCCUUCUCCUUCGCACACACUCGAUCUAUCAACACUGUAAAGCAGUCCACAUGCCUGGCUGACAAGGCUGUUGCUUUGGCGUCCCCCUCCCUGCAUGGCAGGUUGCGCGGCCACCCGGUGACGCCUGCAUUGCCUUUUGAGGCGUCUCAAAAGCCUUUUCUCUGCUCCUCCUCCCCCUCCCUCCAUGACCAGGUGGCAGUGGCACCCGAUGAUGCCUGCAUUGCCACUGGAGGGGAUGAUCAGAAAGUGGUGAGCGCAUUUCUCUCCCCUCUCGUCCAUUCCUAG